CAGCACGGACUCAGUCCUCCAACAAACUCCAUCGAGGACUUGUUGAACUUGUGUGAACCUAUCGAGGGGUAGCUAAUCCUACCCGGCCGAGGUGUAAAGGCGUUCCAGGCAAGCUGAGCCAGGGCGCAAGAACGUUUCAGCGCCGAAGAUCAGUACAUCUCCAACGGCAUGAAGGCGUGUGCGAUAAUAGCGCUAGUGUUUGUGGCAAACACAGCGUAUAUCGGUGUCGAGGCAUGGGGUGGGCUCUUCAACCGUUUCAGUCCCGAAAUGCUGUCUAAUCUCGGCUACGGCGGUCACGGUGGUUUCAUGAACCGUCCUGGACUACUUCAGCAGUCGGAUCUUCAGGAAGGAUUGGGUGGUAUGUACGAAGGAAUCGAACCAACAGAAGAACCUUGCUAUGAGAGGAAAUGCGUGUACAAUGACCACUGUUGCCCGGGUUCCAUUUGUGUAAAUCUCGAUGGAGUUGUUGGAACAUGCGUCUACGAUUUUGGUAUGAAACAAGGCGAGCUUUGCAGACGGGAUACCGAUUGCGAAACUGGAUUAAUGUGCUCCGAAAUACCUGGACGCGAAACAAAAUCGUGUCAACCGCCAACCAGUUCAAACAAAUUAUACAAUGAGGAGUGCACUAUAUCAAGCGAGUGUGACAUCACCCGUGGGCUAUGCUGUCAGUUGCAAAGGCGACACCGGCAAACUCCUAGAAAGGUUUGCUCGUACUUCAAAGAUCCCCUAGUUUGCAUCGGGCCGGUGGCAACGGAUCAGAUAAAGUCCGUGAUCCAGUACACUUCCGGCGAGAAACGGAUCACCGGACAGGGCAACCGUCUGUUCAAGCGGAUGCCGUUCGCCUAAACGCUCGCUCGUCGACUCACGACGAAUGGGAAGUAUAAGAUAAGCUACGAGAAAAUCAAAUCCUCCUUUAGUCGUUGUGAAGAUACCUAGGUCUAAGUCUGUCGAUUCGACAUUAUCUCGAUCUCCUUUCUAGUCCUAACUCUACUCUAUGCCACGAUACACCAGGAAGUAUAAUAGCGUGCGACAAAAAAGUUGAAUUAAAUGUUACUCGGGGAGAUGUUACUUCGAAGAGAUUUCUUCUUCGAAUAUAGCGCGACUGAAAAAAAAACCUAUAACACAUAUCAUAAUAAGCCGUCUUAUAGGUCUCUAGGGAUAAGGGACAUGCUAGUAUAGUCGUGAUAAAGAUGAAUGCGCUGAUGUUUAAAAGCGCCAUUCGACAAAGAUGUUUCUUAAUAUGAUAUAGAGGUAAGAAUCUUGCUACGAAAGGAAAUGCGUGUACAAUGAUUACAUGUUGCCCAGGUUCCACUUGUGAAUCUCUGAUGAAGGCAAAGCAAAAGUGGAAACAAAUCGCCAAUUGAAAGUUUAUUAAUUAUUAAUUAAUUAAAACUUUUCAAUUAAUAAAAAAUAAUAAAGAUCUUCUCCCUUUCAUGUAGGCGAUUACCAGUUUUGAGAAAAAGGAUUAUCUAACCGGUUUAUCGGUUGGGUUUUUCUUUCGAAAUGUAGAGAGAGAUUAGUGGAGCACUUUAUUGCUCGUGAUAAGUCAAGGUUAUAGAAAUAAGAUAUAAUAAGUGAGAGAAAGAGAGAGGCGUGCACAAAGAAGAGAAGUGGAGUCUUUCUUAUCGUCGCAGUGUCAACAUUGAUUAUUAUUUUAUUCCAUUAAUCAACGACAAUCUCGUUAUGUUGGUCUGUGUAAGAUAUUUUGACUGACAAAGUCGAUCUUUUGAGAAUUUCCGAAGCAAUAGAACAAUAAAUUAUGACCAUAGAUAGACAUAAUGAUACCGUAUCCCUCAAUGACGUGAGAACUUCAAUGUCGAUACCGUGAACGAUAAUAUCAUUAAAAUUGUGGGAGACUGUACUUUUCAGCUGCAAUUUCAUACAGUUUCGCUACAUGUACUACAAAGUGUGUAUUAAAAUUUACUUAGAAUUUUCAAAAUUGUGAUAUACAAUAUGAUAUGCAAGAAAUGCUUUUGUAUUUAAACAUGUAUUAGAUGGAAAGCCUAAUCAAGAUCUAAAAGAACAGACAAAUAAUUCUAAAAGAGACCCUAAAUUUGAGAUUAAAAAGCUGUUUUCCUCAAAACAACUUCGAACUUGUUUGUAAAAUAUUUUGCAAUCUUGACAAAACAACAAAAUGAAGAAAGUGCAACUGAAAGAAACAGAGCUACCGUUAAUGAAUUGACUAAAAAUGUUUAAUUGGAGAUCAAGAAACUUCAAUGAGUCGGGAUGCCAACGGGAUAUGACGAAAGAAAUCGUUAAUCACGUGCAAUGGCGGGAUUAAAGUCCAAAUAAAAUAAGUGAAAUAACAUUUCUAGCAGAGCCAAAUCAUAUUUUCAAUUAUGACGGUUUCCAUUUUAUUGCUGAAUAUAUGAAACAUUUCAUGUACAAACACUCGUAAGUCAACCCAAUAAUUUGAGAAAGCCGUCAGUAAGACUGGAGGCCUCUAAUGAGACUCCGAUAAACCGGUUAUCCGUAAGUCCGCCACUGCACGUCCCGUUCAUUAUUCAAACGCACAGAUCAAAGUAUUUAUUUUUCUUUCUGGUGCUUUACGAAUGGUCGUCCGGCGGACGUCGCAAGAAACGCGAAGUGUCAUUCAGACGGUUUUAAUGGCAGAAAAGUAUUUUCUACUGGGGGAAGAGAGCUGGAAGAGGCGCAAGUACCUUAUAAUUCGGUCGAUGUUUCGAGUUUACCCUUAGGAAUAACUUAGACGUUUAAAUCGACUCUCUAACGUCGAAUACAUUUACUCCUACCCUUCUCCAAAAAAAAAAACUUCGCACACUAUCAGUGUGUAUAUUGUACUCGUAUAUUGUAAUCUAAGUCUACGUCAUGGAGUUGAAAAACGAUACAUUUUAGACUGUAGGAGGAUUAAUUACACUGUAAACAAUACAUAUCAAAGAGGGAGAAAAUUUUCUUCGCUACCUUAUACUCAGAGACAUAGCAUUAUAUAUAAAUAUACACAUAUAUGAUGAGAGACGAAGGGAAAAGAGGAGACAUUUUAACUCUUAAUGGCAAAUAUAGGUGUAUUGUUUGUUAAAAAAAAAAAGAUAUCCCAAGCAAGUACCAAGAAGAGGAAGUUAUUAAAAAAUCGCGGAAAUCGCUCUGUAAAACAUAAUCGCGGAAAUCACUCUCUGUCGAGUUAUAAUAUUGCGGAAAUCGCUCUUAAUUGUAGUAAUGCUAGUGAAAUCGUAAUACUAAAUACACGAUGCAUAUUGUCUGUGGCUAUUGUUAUGUGAAAUAUUACUCUGUGGAAAAAACUUCAUUAUAAUAUUAAUCGUUGUCGUCGACACUUGAGAUCGAUCAUACAAUGUUUUAAGCAUAAUCGUGGGAGGACGCAGUGUUAAGAGUUUUCCGAAAUCACGUUCGCAUACAACAAUAACACAACAACAACAGCAAACAAAAAUGUAUAAUCUCAGAGUAUGCGUAGAAUAAUCUGUUCUUUGUCUCAUUAUUGAAAGAAAAAAGCUCUCGGCGAACCGCUGCUUUCCAUGUCACUGGUGCUACAAUCGUCAAGAGUCCCCUGAAGACAUAUUAUCCUCUACUCUCGAUAUUUUCCGAAACGUUAAUCUACCUGUGUAAGAACUCAAAACAUAUCAUACGAAAUGCCUAAUGCAUUUAAGAACAUAUCAACAAAAUAUGAAUGUGUAUUACAAGAUAUAUUAUCCUAUUGGAAUUAUAUACAUAUAUAUA